AUGGCUGACAAGGUGGCCUAUCUCCUAUUUGGAGACCAGUCGACUGAUACACAUGGCUUCCUGGCGGAAUUCUUUCGACACGGUAACCAGGGCCUCCUAGCCAAGGCAUUCCUCGAACAGGCAGGCCGAAGAUUGAAGAAAGAGAUUGAUCAACUACCGAAGGUGGAGCGAGUGAAGCUUCCAGCCUUUCUGACACUACAGCAGUUGAACGAAAGAUACUAUGCCCAGGGUAACAAACAUCCUGGCGUCGACGGCGCUCUGCUAUGUAUCGCCCAAUUAGCACACUACAUAGACCAUGCCGAACGGCAUUACGAAGAUGUCACGAAGCACGAUCAUACGUUUCUUGUUGGUCUCUGUUCGGGCCUCUUUGCUGCUGCUGCUAUUACAUCAACUCCUUCUCUCUCAGCCCUCGUUCCGGUUGCAGUCCAGAUGGUAUUGAUGGCCUUCCGUACCGGGCGUCAUGUAGCCUCUCUGGCCGAGAGGCUAUGCCCAUCUGUUCAGCGCUCUCAGAGCUGGACAUACAUUCUCCCUGGAGUUAAGCAAGACCAGGCGAGACUUAUUCUCGAUGAAUUCCACCAUGCUAAUGGAACUCCUCUGGCUGCUCGCGCAUAUGUCAGCGCCGUCUCGGCAAGCAACGUCGCUGUAUCCGGCCCACCUGCGACUUUGCAAGCGUUAUUCGAGUAUAGCUCAUUCUCGACGAAGCCCACCUCUAUCCCAGUGUUUGGGCCGUAUCAUGCUUCCCACAUACAUUCUUCUGUAGAUAUUGCCAAGAUGCUCCGUCUUGACGACCCCGAGGUUAUUGAUGCUCUAUACAACACCAAACCGCGUUCCGCCGUUAUGUCUUGCACAACAGGGACUUGGUUUGCAGAAACACAGACAGAAGAUCUCAUAAGAUCCAUUGUUUAUGAAAUCUUGAACGAAGCGCUGAUGUUCAACCAAGUACUUGAUGGAUGUCUCGACUUGGCACGCGACUUCAAUGGGGAGACGGUACUGGUCAUUCCAUUUGGCCCUACGCAAAAUGCUGCCACUCUAGCAAACCUUCUAAAAUCGCAUACUCAACUCGAUGUCAUUCUUCGGAACCCACCACAGAUAUCAAGGGAGAGCAUCACUUCCACUAUUGGUAAUCAUGGCUCCUCAGGAAAAUGCAAGCUUGCGAUUGUAGGAAUGGCUGGAAGAUUCCCCGAUGCCGCAAGUCACGAGAAACUCUGGGAGUUGCUAGAAAAAGGCCUUGAUGUUCAUCGGGUGGUGCCUAAAGAUCGAUUUGAUGCAAGGACACAUGUUGACCCUACGGGCAAGGCCAUCAAUACCAGCCACACGCCUUAUGGCUGCUGGAUUGAGAAUCCCGGUCUCUUUGACCCUCGCUUUUUCAACAUGUCUCCGAGAGAGGCGUUCCAGACGGAUCCAAUGCAGAGAAUGGCAUUGACUACUGCAUAUGAGGCUUUGGAAAUGUCUGGUUAUGUUCCAAACAGAACACCUUCCACAAAGCUCGACCGCAUCGGCACCUUUUAUGGGCAAACCUCAGAUGACUGGCGCGAAAUCAACGCCGCUCAGGAGGUAGACACAUACUUCAUAACUGGAGGUGUGCGUGCCUUUGGCCCUGGUAGGAUCAACUACCACUUUGGCUUUAGUGGGCCAAGUCUCAAUAUCGAUACCGCAUGCUCGUCAAGUGCAGCCGCUAUGCAAGUUGCUUGUACGGCCCUGUGGGCACGAGAUUGCGACACUGCCAUCGUAGGCGGCCUGUCGUGCAUGACCAAUCCGGAUAUUUUCUCCGGUCUGAGUCGCGGCCAAUUUCUAUCUAAGAAUGGCCCUUGUGCUACCUUCGACAAUGAGGCUGAUGGCUAUUGCAGAGGUGACGGCUGUGCCUCUGUAAUUGUCAAACGCCUUGAGGAUGCCAUCGCUGAUAAGGAUAACGUGCUUGCUGUCAUCCUCGGCACUGCUACAAAUCACUCUGCCGACGCCAUCUCCAUCACUCAUCCACACGGGCCAACGCAAUCAAUCCUGUCUUCUGCUAUCCUUGACGAAGCUGGUGUUGACCCUCUAGACGUCGAUUAUGUCGAGAUGCACGGCACCGGAACUCAAGCCGGUGACGGAACCGAGAUGGUGUCUGUCACUAAUGUCUUCGCACCUGCGCAUCGCAAGAGACCAGCGGACCGGCCUCUCUAUCUCGGUGCCGUCAAAGCUAAUGUCGGUCAUGGAGAGGCUGCCUCUGGCGUUACUGCACUCGUCAAAGUUCUCAUGAUGCUCCAGAAGAAUGCUAUUCCACCUCAUGUGGGCAUCAAGUCUGGCUCAGAGAUCAACAAGACUUUUCCAAAAGAUCUCUCGGAUCGCAACGUAAACAUUGCGUUUCAUAUGACUCCCUUUAGGCGGAGAGAUGGCAAACCUCGACGUGUCUUCAUCAAUAAUUUCAGUGCAGCAGGUGGCAACACUGGCUUGCUGAUUGAAGAUGGUCCCAAAUAUAAGCCAGCAACCACAGAUCCUCGUGAUGUGCAUAUUCUGACUUUGACCGGCAAAUCAAAGGCAGCCAUGAUCCGCAACGCCGAACGGCUUGUUGAUUGGAUGGGAAAGCACUCAGAUACACCUAUUUCUGAUCUUGCCUACAGCACCACAGCGCGCAAGAUUCAACAUUACUGGCGAAUGAACAUCGCUGCUUCUAGUUUGCCAGAAGCACAGAUUGCUAUUACAAAUAGGCUUAAAGAAACCUUCGUUCCUGUUUCUCCAGAAGAACCCAAGGUAGCGUUCAUGUUCACUGGCCAAGGCUCACAAUACGCUGGCUUGGGCAAGGAAUUCUAUGCCCACUACACCAACUUCAAAAACAGUAUCGACGAGUUUGACCAACUUGCUCAGAUACAUGGCUUUCCAUCAUUCUUACCUCUCAUAGAUGGCAGUGAGCAAGAUGUUUCUAGCUUGUCUCCUGUCAUUGUACAGCUCGGUCUUUGCUGCUUCGAGAUGGCCCUAGCUCGCCUCUGGGUUUCUUGGGGUAUCAAGCCAGCUGUCGUGCUUGGCCACAGCCUAGGAGAGUAUGCCGCGCUGAAUAUUUCUGGUGUUUUGUCGGCUAGCGAUACGAUCUACCUCGUUGGAGCCCGAGCACAGCUUCUUGUUGAUAGUUGCACUGCUGGCACCCACGCAAUGCUGGCAGUUCAGGGCAGUGUGGCAACAGUCAAGGAAGCCCUUGGCGAGAGAUCCGAUUCUGUCAAUGUCGCUUGUAUCAAUGGUCCACGAGAGACGGUUCUCAGUGGUGAGGCAGCCGAAAUGACGGAGAUAUCUGGGCAUUUGAGCGGUGCUGGCUUCAAGUGCACCCAACUCAAGGUGCCUUUUGCCUUCCACUCUGCCCAGGUUGAGCCUAUUCUUGAUGAAUUCGAGAAGCUCGCUCGGUCUGUUCAUUUCGAGACUCCAAAGGUUCCCGUCAUUUCUCCCCUACUAGGCAAGAUGAUUGAGUCGGAGCCAGUUAAUCCUGAGUAUGUUCGCAAUCAUGCCCGAGAGGCUGUUGAUUUCCUCGGCGGCCUUGUCUCCGCCCAGCAGUCCGGAGCAAUUGACGAGAAGACUGUCUGGCUUGAGCUUGGUCCUCAUCCUGUUUGUGCCAACAUGGUUAAAGCAGCAUUUGGAGCUACAACCAUCGCCCUGCCCACCGUCCGUCGCAAUGAGGCAUCCUAUAAGACGUUGACCGCCAGUCUCUGCACUCUUCACACCGCGGGUCUUAACAUAGACUUUAACGAGUUUCACCGCGAUUUCGCCGAUUCUGUCCGCCUUCUAGAUCUGCCAAGUUAUUCUUUCGAUGAGAAGAAAUACUGGUUGCAGUAUGAGGGCGACUGGUGUCUCACCAAGAAUCGUGUGGCCAAGGCCGCACCUGCGCUUCUCGAGCCAGCUAAGCCUAAGUUAUCCACUUCCUCUGUUCAGAAACUUCUUCGGGAAGAGGUCAACGGAGACACCGCUAUUGUUGAGAUUGAGUCCAAUCUCUCCAGAGAAGACCUGCGACUGGCCGUCUCUGGUCAUCUGGUCAAUGGUGCUCCUCUUUGUCCGUCAUCAUUGUAUGGUGAUAUGGCGAUGACUGUCUGUGACUACGCGUAUAAACUGAUCCGCCCUGACGCGGAGAACAUUGGUUGCAAUGUUGCGCACAUGGAAGUGCCCAAGACUUUGAUCUUUGAUGAUACGCUUGAAAGUCACGUCUUGAGACUUACUGCUACGGCAAACGUCGCUGCCGGCUACGCUGAUCUAGUCUGGUCGACUGGUGAAGGCGCCAAGAAAACUGAGCAUGCCAAUUGCAAGGUUUACUACGGAAAUACAGAUGAAUGGCUCGGCGAGUUCGAACGCGUCUCAUAUUUGAUCAAAGGCCGUGUCGACUCGUUGAUGGAGGCAGAGAAGGUAGGCAAGGCUUCCAAGAUUGGCCGAGGUCUCGCCUACAAGCUUUUCGCCGCCCUCGUUGACUAUGACGGACGAUACAGAGGCAUGGAGGAGGUUGUACUUGAUAGCAAUACUUGCGAGGCCACUGCUAAGGUCGUCUUCCAAACAAAGGAGACAGAAGGCCAAUACUUCUGCAGCCCAUUCCAUAUCGACAGCUUGUGCCACAUCUCUGGCUUUAUCAUCAAUGGUACUGAUGCCGUUGAUUCUAGAGAGCAAGUCUUCAUCUCCCAUGGCUGGGGUUCGAUGCGAUUCGCUGAGAUUCCUGUUCGUGGUCAGGAGUACCGCACCUACAUCAGGAUGCAGCAGGUCAGAGGCAGCAAAAUGAUGUCUGGCGAUGUCUACGUUUUCAACGGAGAUAAGCUUAUUGGUAUUGCAGGGGAAGUCAGAUUCCAAUCUAUACCCCGCAAGGUCCUUAACAUGAUUCUUCCUCCACGCGGUGCCGCAGCCAUUGGCUCAGCUACUCGUUCUACUCCUGUGAAGGCUGCGCCCAAGUCGGUGCCGGCCUCGAAGAAGAAGCAACAGCAGCCCCUCAGCCCAACCAACAUCGGCAAAGUGAACCAGAAACUCACAUCCGUCGUUUCUCAAGUAUUAGACAUCCUAGCAAAGGAGGUUGGUGUGACUCACGACGAGCUCGCUGAUAAUAUCGCAUUCACCGAUCUCGGUGUUGACUCCCUCAUGUCUCUUACUGUUAGUGGUAGAAUCCGUGAAGACAUGGACCUUGACAUUCAUUCUCACGCUUUCGUCGACCACCCAACUAUUGGAGCAUUCAAAGCAUUCUUGCAACAAUUCGAAACUGCGCCUGCUCGCAAAGAGAGUUUGUCUGAGGAGUCGGCUGAUUCCAGUUCUGACACGGACACCCCAGAGCUGAUGGAGUCCGACUCCAAUGUUACUACACCUCUUGAUGAGAGCGAAACGGGCUCAAUCAAGGGAGACGGUCAACUAAAAGCUGAACCUUCAAAUGCGAGCGGACUUCAAUCAAUCGUGCGCGAGACCAUUGCGCAGGAAAUGGGCAUCGAGGUCGAAGAAGUGAUCGCCGCUCCGGACUUGGCUAACCUAGGCAUGGACUCCUUAAUGAGUCUGUCAAUCCUGGGAACGCUGCGCGAGAAGACAGGUCUCAAUAUUCCUUCAGACCUCUUCGUAACCAAUCCAUCACUCAAAGAUGUUGAGCGUACUCUUGGAAUCAGUGAGGCCCCCAAACGCCCAGCUGCUCCAAAGCCAUCCAAGACUCAGACAAUCAAGCCUGCGCCUCAACCCGCAGAGACGCCCGUUAGCGAAGUCCCUGUUUCUAUCGUCAAGGCGCCUCCACCAAUCAACAUUGUAGACAACUACCCGCACCGGAAGGCAACUUCUGUGCUGCUCCAGGGAAGCCAUCGCACAGCCAUCAAGCACCUCUUCAUGGUGCCUGACGGUAGCGGAAGCGCCACGUCGUACACGGAGAUAUCUGAUAUCAACUCUGCCGACUGGGCAGUUUGGGGCCUUUUCUCUCCUUUCAUGAAGACGCCAGAGGAGUAUCACUGUGGUGUAUACGGUAUGGCAACCAAGUUCAUUGAAGAGAUGAAGCGCCGACAACCUGUUGGCCCCUACAGUCUGGCUGGCUGGUCCGCAGGCGGCGUCAUCGCUUACGAGAUCGUCAAUCAACUCACCAAAGCGGGCGAGAAAGUUGAUAACCUGAUCAUCAUCGAUGCGCCAUGUCCUAUCACAAUCGAACCACUCCCAAAGGGCUUACACGCGUGGUUCGCUUCGAUCGGACUUCUCGGUGACGGUGACUCUACCAAGAUCCCGUCCUGGCUCCUGCCGCACUUCGCGGCUUCGGUCACCGCGCUGAGCAAUUACACUGCGGAGCCGAUUCCCCAAGAUAAAUGCCCCAAUGUUAUGGCCAUAUGGUGCGAGGAUGGCGUGUGCCAUCUACCCACCGAUCCGCGCCCAGAUCCUUACCCUACUGGUCAUGCGCUCUUCUUGCUUGACAACCGAACGGAUUUUGGUCCUAACAGAUGGGACGAGUAUCUUGAUGCUAAGAAGAUGACGCUCAGGCAUAUGCCCGGCAAUCACUUCUCUAUGAUGCAUGGUGACCUGGCCAAGCAACUAGGGUCUUUCAUCAGAGAGGCUUUGUUCGGAGCAUAA